AAAAUAAGCAGGCACUCGCCAUGUUUCACACACGAAUCUCUCCCCCUUGAGCGCAGUUUCACUACUCUCUGCUAUUGUUAUAAGGCAUUGAUGCGAUUUUAACUUUUUUCUUAGAAUAUACAGACGCCUUUUCAGCGGAUGUUAACAACGGCGGGCGGCUAUUAAGUGAGUGCUCAUUGAAUCAAGGUGACAGUGGCACGCGAUGCACCAUGGAGGAGGUCCACCAACCGUGCGGAAUCUUCAGAGACCAAAGUCCGUCACAGGCUCUGAGGCUGAGGAGCAACAGCAACAGCCAGUUGCUGUUACCCAGCAACAGGCAGCUGUCAGUCACCCGCAGUCGCCGGUGACGAACUUUGCGCCAGCAGCAAGUCCUUCGGCCCCGCAGUCGCCGAACUACCAGAUCAUCAUGAGCCGGAGCCCUGUUCCCGGGCAGAACAUGAACAUCACACUGCAGAACGUGGGGCCCAUGGGGGCUGGGAACCAGCAGAUCACCCUCACCCCACUGCCCUCGCCCGGCUUCCAGCACCAGGCUCCGCAGUGGAGGUUUGAGCACGGCCCGUCCUCGUAUAUCCAGGUGGCGUCGCCUCUGCCCCAGCCCAUGCAACCCCAGAGCCCCACCCAGCACAGCCCAGUGUCCCUGCAGGCUGUGGCCAGGCCGGGCGCGCCCGGCACUGCUCUGGGCGUGUGCGGGCAGAGCCCGACGCGCUUCGUCGAGGCUGGCAUCAUGGUCCGCCUGGGCAGCCCGCCGGGGAGCAGCCACUUUGUGUACCAGGAAAAUGCGGGGCUCACCCUGGCGCCGGCAGCACCGGCCGGGACCGUGCAGCUGGCGUCGCCCGGGACAGCGGCGGCGGUGGCCAGGGAGAGACGCCUCUCGCAGCCCCACUCCCAAACCGGGGGCACCAUCCACCACCUGGGGCCGCAGAGCCCAGUGGCCACGGGGCCGGCGGGGCCCCUGGGCAGCCCCGGGCACAUCACCACCUCCAGCCUGCCUCCACAGAUCAGCAGCAUCAUCAGCCAGCUGAGGCCCGUCAUCUUCGAGAAGCCGGCGGCGGGGGUGGGCACGUCCGCGGGCCCCUCCUUCGGGGUCCCCGCCAGCGUUCCUCCUUCCAGUCCGUCCCGGAGCGGCAUUGCGCAGGGGCUGCCGAACGCCCCCCUCACCCCUACUGGGGUCUGCUCUGUGAAGAAGCUCCAGCCAAAGAAGCUGGAGGAGAUCGCACCCCCUACCCCGGAGGUGGCGCAGCUGAGGAAGCAGUGUCUGGAGCACCAUGCCAAGAAGAUGGAGGGCCUGAAGGAGGUGUUUAAGGAGUACCUGAUCGAGCUCUUCUUCCUGCAGCAUCUCCAGGGCAACAUGAUGGACUACUUGGCCUUCAAAAAGAAACCCUGCGUGCCCUUGUUCACCUACCUGAGGCAGAACGACUUGGACCUCGAGGAUGAGGAGGAAGAGGAAGAGCAGUCGGAGGUCAUCAAUGAUGAGGUGAAAGUAGUGACUGGAAAGGAUGGCCAGACAGUGACACCUGUUGCCAUAGCCACCCAACUCCCGCCCAACGUGUCAGCGGCGUUCUCCACUCAGCAGCAGUUCCAGGUCCACUCUGGUCCUGUAGGUGGCAGCCUCACCAGCCCGGUGGACAUGGAGACCUUCAAGCGACAGCAGGCUUUGGCUCAAGCAGAUCAGACUAAGAGGUCCCGGAUCGAAGUGGGUCGCCAUGGGAUGAUAUUCCAGCAUCCUGUUGUAGCUCCUUUAGGAUCUCCCGGCGUCCCCCUCCAGCAGCUUAUGCCGACUGCGCAAGGGGGCAUGCCUCCCACCCCGCAGUCCAUCCAGAUCGGCGGGCAGAAGCAGAGCCAGCAGCAGUACGACCCGUCCAAAGGGCCGCCGGUGCAGAACGCCGCCAGCCUCCACACCCCUCCGCCCCAGCUGCCCGGCCGGCUCACCCAAACGGGCCUCUCCAUGGCGGGCCUGCCUCUCGCCCUCUCCCAGGCCCAGCCCAUGGUGCUGGAGCAACAGGGCCAGGCCGGAGGCGGGCCGCUCCAGGCCCAGGUGAAGCUGCAGGGCGUCCAGGGGGCGGGGGCCGUGCUGGCUGCAGUCAACCCUCACACCCAGCUGCAGACGCAGCUCCAGCAGCAGACGCAGCCCCUUCUCCAGCCGGGUCAGGCGACGGUCACGCUCGUCCGCCCCGGAGCGGACGCGCCCCAGCCUGGCCAGCGUCUGCUGAGCAACUCCCUGUCCUCCUCGAUCAUAUCCCCCUGCCCUCUGGCAUCGACAUCCUCGCUGCCCUCACCCCACCCCUCGGGCCCCAUCAGGACCCCCAGUGCCGCGCCCAGCCCCUCCACCGCAGCCCAGUCCAAACUGGUCACCUCCAGCGGCUCCGUGGGGAUGAAGCUCUCUGGCCUGGGGCAGGCUUCGGCUGGUCAGGGCACCCAGGAGAGCUCCCAGGACAAGCAGACGGAGCAGGCCAAACUGGAGAGCCAGGUGCACCAGCGCAUCGCGGAGCUGAGGAAGGAGGGCCAGUGGUCAGCCAGCCGGCUGCCCAAGCUGCAGGAGGCCAGCCGGCCCAAAUCGCAGUGGGAUUACCUGCUGGAGGAGAUGCAGUGGAUGGCGGCCGACUUCGCCCAGGAGAGGCGCUGGAAGAUGGCGGCCGCCAAGAAGCUGGUGCGCACCUGUGCCCGUUACCACGAGGAGGUGCGGAGGGCCGAGGAGAGGGAGAGGUCGGAGGAGCAGCUGCGUCUGAGGAGCAUCGCCAGCACCAUUGCACGGGAGGUGGACCACUUCUGGGCCAACAUGGGACAGGUUGUUGAGAUCAAGCUCCGGUUCGAGAUCUCUGACAAGCGGCAGAAAGUCCUGAAGCUGAAGAGGUCAGGGGGCAGAGGCAAACUCACCCAUACUUCAGGGGAAAAGUCCGAAAAGGAAAGUCAAGUGCAGGAGUCCGGCAGCAUCACCCGCAAGAGGAAGACGAGCACGUCACUUUCUGAUGAAGAGGCGGAGGAUGAGGAGAGUACAAUAGAGGAACAGGAAGCCAUGGAAGUGUCUGCUGACCAGAAGGCCGAGCUGGCUGACCUCACCAAGGAAGCUUCAGUGCCGCUGGAGGCCCUGGUGAAGAAGUACGCCGGUGCCUAUGCUGAGGGCUUCGAGUGGCCACAGCCUGCAUGCCACAGCGAGGAUGAGGAGAAGGACGAAGCCAACGACGUGGACAGCCCCCACGAGGCCGUGCUGAUCGACUCCCUCCUGGGCGACGAGCAGUACCGUGGGCCGGACCGCACCGGGCCCGCUCCCGGAACCGACAGCAAGCCCAUCAAGGACAUAGCUGAGGUUUCCCGGGCGACAGACGCCAUCCUGCCCAAGGGCGUUGCCAGGACAACGCCAACUAACCGCCUCCUCGCCCCCCCCCUCCUGCACGGGACGCUGCGGGACUACCAGCUGGUGGGCGUGGAGUGGCUCUCCAGCCUGCACUGCAGACACCUGAAUGGCAUCCUGGCCGACGAGACCGGUCUGGGCAAGACCGUCCAGACGGUGGCCUACUUCGCGCACCUGGCUUGCCACGAAGGCAUCUGGGGCCCGCACCUGGUGGUGGUGAGGACGUGCAGGCUGCUGAACUGGGAGAUGGAGCUGAAGCGCUGGUGCCCAGGCCUCAAGGUCCUCCUGUAUCUGGGCAGCAGGAGAGAGCGCCGACACAAGCGAUCGUGGUGGACGGAGCCCAACAGCUUCCAUGUGUGUGUGACGUCAUACAAGCUGCUCCUAAGGGACCGCAGUCACUUCCUGAAGAGACGCUGGAAGCAACUGGUCCUGGACGAGGUGCAACUGAUCAGGAAUAUGAGGGAGAAGCACUGGGAGACCAUCUUCGCCAUCAGGAGCCAGCAGAGGCUUCUGCUCCUCAGUAACCCGCUGCAGAACACCCUCCGAGAGCUUUGGACCAUGAUCCACUUCCUGUUGCCUGGGAUCACGCGCUCGUACCUCGACUUCCCCGUCAAACCCGGCACAGACCACAACCAGGACUACUGCCACAAGCUGGUCAUCAGAUUGCACAGGAUGAUCCAGCCCUUCAUCCUGCGGCGUUCUAGGAGAGAUGUAGAGAAGCAGUUACCCAAGAAGUACGAGCACAUUCUCAAGUGUCGUCUGUCUGCGAGGCAGAAGACCAUGUAUGAGGACAUCCUCACGCAGCCCAGUGCGCAGGAGGCUCUGAAGACUGGCCACUUUGUGAGCGUGCUCCAGGUCCUUAUGAGACUACAGCGGAUAUGCAACCACCCCGACCUGAUCCAGAGUAGACCCACAGCCAGCUCCUACGCCUGCCCCGCCCUGCUGUACACCACCCCCUCCCUGCUGCUCACGGCCCUGCACGCAGACCCCUGGAAGACGGCCGACCUGUCCCCGUUCCACCUAAUCGCCAAUGAGGGCCGGCUGACGCGCUACGAGGCAGAGGAGGUCCUCCCCAAGCUCAGACUGACGCAGCAGCUCAUCGAGGAGGUGCCCAGCACUCCGGACCCUCCACCCAGACCCAGACCCUGCAAGAUCAACCCCAUGAGGCUUUUCCAGCCGGUGCAAUAUGACACUAAACCGGAGGGGCGUCUGGUGCCCCUGCCUAGCAGCUCUCAAACAGCACGUUCUACUGCCCCCAGCACCACUACUGCCCCCAGCACCACUACUGCCCCUGCUACUGCCAACCAGAACGCUCAGGCCAGGGGCAAAUCGCCCAUCAAUACCACCUCUUCCGUACAGGCUAGCGGACUGUCCACCGACUCCUCCUCUUUUAUCCAAACGUCCAGCGGCUCGGCAGGACUCCUCGUCGGGGCCACGCCCCCCGCCAAUCUGACUCUGGGCAUGGCAGGGGUGGGAGCUGCGCCCGGCAGGCUGGCUCCUGCCCCCCACCCCCUGCAGGCCGGCCUGCUCCCCCAGAGGCUGGUUCUGAGCUCUCAGGCCCAGGCUCGCUUGCCUAGUGGCGACGUGGUGAAGGUAGCCCAGUUGUCGUCUAUACCCGGAGGCCAGAACCGCAUGGCCCAGCCCGAGACCCCCGUCACGCUGCAGUUCCAGGGCAACAAGUUCACGCUGUCCCCCAGCCAGCUGAGACAGCUCACCACCGGCCACCCGCUCCAGCUCCAAGGAAACAUUCUCCAGAUUGUGUCGACCCCAGGGCAGACCAUCCUCAGGCAGCAGGGGUCCAUGGUGAUGCAGGCGUCCCAGGCUAUGCCCGUUCAGAAUUCCACAGGACCCCCAGGGCUCCUCCCAGUGGGCACGGUGGCUACGCCCCAGGCCGGGGUGACCGCCGGCGCCACGGCAACAGCCGCUGCCCCUAGUGACACAGGAACCACCAAACCAACAACAAAUGCAGUGCCACAAUCGUGCGAGGAGCGGGGCAGGCAGCUCAAGGAGCGCCUGGCACGCCUGUUCGCGGUCAACGAGCGUCGCGUCCAGCGCGCUGUGCUCUACGGCGCCGACCUGCUGGAGGCCUGCUCUGUUGCCCAGGGGCGAGCGCCACCUCCCCUCCCCGCUCCCAAGCACUCCCACUGGGCCUGGAGUGGCCGGGAUGCCUGCCUGAAGGCCCAGCAGUCCUGCGUCUCCACCACCGAGUCGCUCCGCUCCGCCAUUAUGUCUCCCGCAGACAGGCUGCGGGAAGGAAACUGCCUGCUUAAGAGGUUGUCCUGUGUGCUUCCUGCUGCUGUAGCUCCUCCCCCUCAACUUUAUGCAGCCAAUCCCCCGCCGUCUUACAGCCUGGCGCAGAAGUCGUUCAGGCGACAGGCGCAGGAAGCAUCCGCCCCCUACAACUCCGAGAUCCGGAGCCUGGCCUGUCCUCUCCUGUUUGAGCUGGCCGACGAACACACGCUCGAGAUGGACUCAGGUAAGCUGGAGGCAUUAUCUAUCCUACUGCACAAGCUGACAGCAGAGAGCAGGAGGGUCGUGAUCUUUACCCAGAUGACCAGCAUGCUGGACAUUCUGGAGGACUUUCUGGACAGCAGACAUCUAACCUACGUACGGGUGGACGAGAGCCUGUCGCCUGACGACAGACAGGAGCAAGUGAAGAGGUUUAACCGUGACAGACAGUUCUUCAGCCUCAUCCUGACCAAUCGCUGCUGUUCCAUCGUGGGUCACGUGUUGGACGCCGACACCAUCAUCUUCUACGACACAGACCUGAACCCCAGCAUGGACGCCCGCACGCAGGAGUGGUGCGACAAGAUCGGGCGCUCCAAGGACAUCCACAUCUACAGGAUGGAGAGUGGGAACUCGGUGGAGGAGAAACUGCUGAAGAGUGGUACGAAAGACCUGAUCCGGGAGGUGGCGGCUCAGGGCACGGACUACACGCUAGCCUACCUCACUCAGCGCACCAUUCGGGACCUGUUUGAGGUGGAGGCAGGCUCUGGGGAGAAGGUGGAGGAGUUCGUGGUGCUGCACCAGGAGCCGUCCCCGUCCGAGUCCAUCCCGCCCCACGUGGCCAGGCCCUAUAUCCAGGCCCUCAACACCAUCACCCUGCAGUCGCUCCGCCCGAACGAGGAGAAGCAGCGGCACGACGCGGCGCAGAGCGGCGAGGAGGGCAUAGGCGCAGCACCGGAGGAGGAAGAGGCUGGGGUAGAGGGCGAGGGAUCGGAGGAGGCCUCCCAGCUGGAGGAGCUGACGAGCGUGAUGGAGCAGCUCACCCCCAUUGAGAUGUAUGCCCUGCACUACCUGGAGUGCCUGCACGUUGGCGAGGAUGAGAUGCUUGCCAAGGAGUGUGUAGAAGCCGCCAAGAGAGGAUGGGAGCUGCGUCAGGAGCAGAAGGUGAAGCGUGAGGCAGAGGAACGGACAGUGCUGGAGGAAGAGGAAGACCUCUUCACCUACACCAGGGAGGACGCUUACAACAUGGAGUACAUAUUUGAGACCGAGGACGGCCAGACAGAAAUUAUGCCACUGUGGACCCCGCCCACACCCCCUCAGGAUGAUAACGACAUCUACAUCGACUCGGUGAUGUGUCUGAUGUACGAGUCCACCCCCAUGCCCGAGUCCAAACUCCCCCCCGUCUACAUCCGCAAGGAGCACAAGCGAUUGAAGAUGGAUGCGUCAGCCGCCGGGCGGAAGAAGAAGAAGGGUCACGGCGAGGCCGUCAUCCCGCCCCGCUCGCUCUUCGACAAGGCCAGCGUGCUGAAGGUGCGCCGCGAGGGCAAGGAGCAGAAGAAGAACUUCUCCCUGAAGCAGCAGGCGCCCUUCGCCAAGCCCCUGCCUUCAUUGGGCAAACCGGCCAUGGAGGCGGGACAGGACAACCCCGAGUGGCUCAUCGGCGAGGACUGGGCCCUUCUGCAGGCCGUGAAACAGCUCCUGGAGCUCCCUCUGAACCUGACCAUCGUGUCUCCGGCGCACACGCCCAACUGGGACCUCGUGAGCGACGUGGUGAGCUCUUGUAGCCGCAUCUACCGCUCACCCAAACAGUGCCGCAGUCGCUACGAGAACGUCAUCAUUCCCCGCGAGGAGGGCAAGUUGAUAUAUGAAGCUAAUCCCAAGAAGAAGACCAAGAGUAUCUAUAAGCAGUCGAAGAACAGCCGCCCCCUGCGGACUUGUCAGAUCUACACGCAGGACGAGCACGCCACCCAGAUCCAGCUCUACAACAACCGCUUUGAGCUCAUGAGGCUGAUCGCCAGCAAGAGGAGCCCUCCCAUCAGACCCAUGCUGGGAAUGAAUGCUUUCCAGAAGAACCCGAAACAUGCUUCUGUACUGGCUGAGAGUGGGAUCAGCUAUGAUAAGCCCCUCCCUCCCAUCCAGGUGGCGUCUCAGAGAGCAGAGCGCAUCGCUAAAGAGAAGAAGGCUCUAGCAGAGCAGCAGAGAGCUCAGCAGUUGGCCCAGCAGCAGGCCGCUGGAGCUAGCCAGGCCCAGGGGGCCGCCGCCCAGCCCCAAGCCCAGCCUCAGGCAGCUGCCGCUGGGCCCCAAGCAGCCGGAGUCCCCCAGGCCACCCAGCAAGGAGCCACUGCAGUCCUCAACACUGCUGCGCUGGCUGGAACAAUCAAGACUGCUACUGCUGGCACAGGCGUUCAGACAGCCCCCGUAGGGGGAAACCUUCUCGUGAACGCGGUGGCUGGAGUUUCCCCAGGACAGUUUCAGGGUAACAAGCGUCUGGCGUCUCCUGUUCUCUCCGGACCCAUACCCUCCACCGGCACGGCUACAGCCCAGGUCAUGCACACGCAGCAGAGGGCGGUUCCUGCUGCCGUCCCUGCCGAGGUCGUCGCCAUAGCAACCAGCCAGGGUGUGCGACCUGUUACCCCGGUGACUGCCUCGGCCGUGGUAUCCCCCGGUCUGCCUCAGGUGUCGCAGACGCGCUCACUGGUGGCACAAGCAGGGGUGCAGUUUACCCAGAAGCAGAUCAGUUCAGCCCAGUUGCAGAUCCUCAGGCAGCAGUCUGCCUCCCCUCAGAUCAAAUCUGUCAACAAACCACCGCAGGACCUGAUGAAGAUGCAGAAACAGAAGCUACAGUUGGCCCAGCAGCAGCAGGUUGCUGUGGCGGUGGCCACAGCUCAGAACCAGCAGACCUCUGUUUCCCCGCAGGUGCAGGCAGCCCCGCUCCCUCAACCCAGCACCCAGGUCACCACAGUGGCUGCUAUGUCAAAAGCAGGACCUGGACUCCCCAGAGUGACACGUGUUCCUUCCGCAGUCCCGCCUCCCCAGGUGACGCUUACCAAGUCCACUCCCAUGAUGUCUGUGCCCGCCGUCGUCUCCUCCACCGGGGUCACACUCAGCCCUGGCCUCAGCGUGGCCAUUGGACAGGCCCAGAAAACAGUAGUACCCAGCCCAUUCCAGAUGCAGCAGUUAAUCCGCCAGAAACCACAGGUAACAGCACAGGCAGCCACAGCCCAGCUGAAAUCAGCCCAGCCUGUCAUGCAGCAAUCUGCAGUUCAGGGCCAGAUGAAAACGCCAUUUCCACAUACCACCACCCAGUACUUCACCGCAUCCGUCUCUCAGCCCCAGAAACAGCAGAUACAGGUUGCUAAACAGAUGCAGCAGCCGAUAGUCUCCUCCCCUCAGCAGAUCCAAACACAGCCACAGACGGUGGCUCUGACCCCGGCGGCAGCUGCAGGUGCGAUUCCUCAGGCCCAGGUGCAGGUCAUCCCUGCAGGCUCCGCCUCCACUGCGCAGGUCGUCCAACAGAAGCUGCUCCAGCAGCAACAGCAGGUUGUUGCGGCGACUGCCACUGCCUCCCCCCAGAUCCAGACCCCUCCCCCGAACAGCCCUGCCCAGCAGCAGAGCUCCACAGGACCCUCUGGCGGCGAGGGGGCAGUACAGCAGCCUGGCACACCACAGCCCGCAGGCAAAGGAAACGUGCGCACAGGGGCUGCUAUGAGGUCCAAGACCCCCGCCAAACCCAGUGGAGGCAGCUAGACGCGCACACACACACGCACACACCAGUGUUUGUUGGUUCGUUGAUUGGCCAAUUAUAUUCACUCAUGUUCUGUCUGACAAGUCUUAUCUUAUUAAUCUCUCUCUUUCUCUCUCUCUCUCUCUCUCUCUCUCUCUCUCUCUCUCGCUCUCUCUGUGUGUGCUUUUGUGUGACCAGUCAAUCCUGUCAUUGGGCUAAGGACUUUCUCUAACAGGAGACUGAUGAGUUAUGUAACAGUGUUGGUGUCAGUUUUUUACACACACACACAUUAUUGUGACACUUCUCUUUGAAAGGACUAUCAUGCUGUAAAAUGCUUUGCUUUUUUCUA